AUGGAAUCGGGCAGUCGGCAUCCUGGCCAGACCACCCCGACCCUCUCCUACACCGAUGGGAACAGAGAGCGGCCAUUGCGUCGGUGCAUAGCGAACCUCCUUGCGCGUGCAAUGGGGUCCCUCGGCGGCAUCUCCCCUGGGGGGACAAUCGCCAUAGGAAUCAUCGUUGGUCUCUUGUCCACGAGCGUCCAGAGCCUGGGUCUCACCCUCCAACGAAAAUCACACAUUCUCGAAGACGAAAAGGGCCCACACGAAAUACGUCGGCCACCGUAUCGGAGAGGGAAAUGGCAGCUGGGGAUGGGAAUGUUCAUCGCCGCAAACCUGCUCGGUAGCUCCGUCCAGAUCUCGACCCUUCCUCUCCCUGUACUCUCAACCCUGCAGGCCUCUGGCCUCGUCUUCAACUCGAUAUGCGCUACCCUUAUACUUAACGAACCCUUCACGAGGUGGUCGCUAUGGGGCACACUGCUCGUCUGCACGGGCGCCGUGCUGAUCGCCAUCUUUGGUGCCAUUCCCGCGCCUGCACACAACCUCCAGGAGCUGCUCGAACUCCUCGGUCGGAAGCCUUUCGUGGUAUGGAUGAUCAUGCAGGCCUUCCUCGUCCUAUCAAUAGCCAUCAGUGUGGACUGCCUCGACCACUUCACGAGCCUGUCACUCAACUCGAGAUUCCGCUUCGUCCGCGGCCUCGCCUACGGAGCCAUAAGUGGUAUCCUCUCGGCGCAUUCGCUGUUGGUUGCCAAGUCGGCUGUUGAGCUGAUCAUUAAGACGAUCGCGGACGGCAAUAACCAGUUUAUUCACUGGCAGGCGUGGGUCCUCGUGCUGGCGCUGGUCACCCUGGCUUUGAGUCAAUUAUACUACCUACACCGUGGCCUGAAGCUCGUCUCGACCUCGGUUUUAUACCCCAUGGUUUUCUGCAUCUACAACAUCAUUGCGAUCCUGGACGGUUUGAUAUACUUUAAGCAGACGGACCAGAUCAACCCCUUACGAGCAUGUCUCAUUGCAUUGGGGACAGUCAUCCUACUUGCCGGUGUGCUAGCAUUGUCAUGGCGACUCAGCGACGAACAGCACACGCCGGGCGUGGGCCAGUCAUCUUUGGCACCAGGACUUGGCCUCGUGGAGGACACAGAAGAUGAAGAAGAGUCCCUUCUGGGCGGCGAUGAUCUUUACAGCCUCCACGAAGAAGAUGACCCAUUACCAGCUACAACCUACUCAACAUUUAACGUGGCCAGUGGCGAGACAACGCCGCUGACACCGACACCGAAGCGGAAGAAGACGGGCAGGAGAUGGCAAGAGCGCGCCGAAAUUUGGGGCGAGCUCGAAGACCGCGACACGUCCAGCCCGCCCAUCUCGCGCCGGCGCUCCAGCACUAUGCCUGGCGAGCUCACCGAAUCUACCUCUCUAUUACCGCACCGCCGUGGCGUAAGUAGCGGUAGCGGUAAUCCUCUCUUUUCGUCCUCAGAAGCGGGACCCAGCUCCGAGUCCCUUUCGUCACGCCGGCCCGGCCCGGGUAGGAGGCGACGUAAAUCCACAGGAUUUCCGGGCUUCACAGCCCGCCGUCGGCGCAAGAGUCAGAGCAGCAGUCAGCCCACACUACAAGAGGCGUUGGGCGGCAUAUGGAAGCUCAAGUGGUGGCGACCUGACAGAGGAGACGACGGCGCGAGCAAUCCACCGGGUAGCAGCGGGAGCGGCAGUGUGUGGCCUGCAUUCCGAGAUGAGCCUCCGCCGACGACGGGGCAAGGGGAAGGGGAGAGGGAUAUUGGUGGCAGUGGAGGCAAUGACGGACGCGACGGGUCCCAGGAUAGGGGGCGGGACCGGCAGCCGAAUGAUGAUUCGCCUGUAUGA